AUGGUCGAGGAACCUCCUCCAGAAGAUGAGACCAUCAAAUUUCCAAAACCUGAAAGGAUUUCAAACGUCGUCGCCCCAAGACUCAGUACUAAUGAAGUUCGUUCAAAGCGACGCAAGAAAGUUCGAGGUGUCAAUUGUAGCUUGAAUGAAGGUAUCUCAGAGCUUCCGGGUGUCACUUUGGCCCCAAGUCCUCCAACAAUGUCCAAUCAUCUACGAGAUAUUCAUUUGAAACCGUUUCCUACUCUUUCCUCGAAAUCUUCUUACGAGAGCUUCACCACUGCGAGAACAAGUUCAAGCCCAGAUGUGGUCAACAGUCUGUCAUCCAAGACGAAAAGAGCGCAUAUACUGAUGACACCAGGCCCAGCAAAGCACAAUGCGAAUGGGGGGAUACUACCUGAUAUAUCAUUGUCCGAAUCAUAUGCCGACAACGACCUGACCCCAACCGCCACGCGUAAUGAAGUGCCGCCAUUCUCACAAGGAUCUUCAUCUUCGACAUCCACGAAUCCGCUAGGAGGUUACUCUCAGAUCGACGAGAGCGAGUUCAAGGAAUCACCCUCCGGACCAUUUUCUUCACUUUCGGAAUCAAGUCCAUCAUUCUCUUCGACGCGCAGAUCUAUCAACAUGCCAUACACACCCGCUCGAUCACAGUAUCACUUAUACCACUCCCCCGGAGUUCCAACUCCAACGAGCCCAGUGGUUCCUUUAGAUACCAGUCUACCCAAUGUGGUCGAUCCGAUGAGCUUGCAGUAUGCAGUUCACCAAGAUCCGCAAGGCGUCUUUCAGGCUAUGCGCAAUAUCAUCUCGGCAAGAGAUAAAGCAAUCGAAGAGCGCGACGAUGCGGUCAGUCGGAUGACUAGCUGUAUAGAAGAACGCGACUUUUCAUUCUACCGAAGCAGGAGAGAGGAGGCGGAUCACCAGAAAACGAAGGAUGCCCUUCAAAGUAUGAGAACUCAGUUGCGCAACGCCAGGAUUGAACUCGGUGACAAGAAGCACGAAAAACGGAAGGAUCAGGAUCUGAUACAACGGCUGUAUAAGGAGUUAAAGGAACUUAAAGCAGAAUUGACAUUUGCUAGGCAGAAUUGCGACGGAUCUAGGAGCGACCACCAAAAUGCCCUGGAGGUCUUUGAAAGUCUCCAGCAUAUCAACGAUUCGAAGAUUGCUGUCAUGUGGAAAUACGUCGACAGACUUCAAUCGUACAUUGCCCAUCUACGCGGUGGAGGCUCUCCCGAUAGCAACUUUGAGAAAAUCAUGAACUGGCAGAUUUUACAAAGUCAGCAAUGUCACAACAACCACGCAUCUUCGGCCGAAAACAUAGCUACUCAUGAGGUCAACAAUUUUACAAUUACACGUCCAGAAAUAUUGGAUCCUCAACAUUUUCCAGAACUCGUUGUUAGACGUAAGAAGAAGUCGGCUAUCAGCGAAUGCGACGGACUCAGCGAUGUCUCUACAAUUGUACCUCUUGAUGAUGCCGAAUUGUGUCCCAAUACCCAUUCACAAAAUCCUGCGACUCCGAUCUAUGAAGAAGCCCAAUGUCGUGGCGUUCAUACGAAUCCAUGCUCUCCAACAAGUCAAAAGGCUCAAAAAGGGCUGAUGAAACCUCCACCGGUAUCAACAUAUGCACAAGCAAUCUCUAAGAACGCUGGCAACGAAGAUUUGGGCAAGGGAAAGCGUAAACCCAAGACGAAGUCGAAAGAGGCAGCCGUACAAGGCACUGAAAACAAAGCUCCUUUCAACCCUAGUGCUCAAACCUUCAUCCCCGUAGGCUCGCCAACUAAAUCGACUUGUUCCACAAACUCAAAUACAAUCGCAUCCUCAACCCCAUCAGAUAAAGCAAUUGAUCCAGUCCUACCACUUGCACCACCCAAUACUCCAACAAUAACCCACAACCCCCCAGAACCAGACAUCAUAUACGCCCUCCCCCACCGACCAACAGGCGUGCUCCUCCUCCCACCAAACCCCUACCUAACGACAACCCUCCCACCUUACCUCCACACCACCGCUCUAACAAACCACGCCCUCGAGCUCCCCCUCCCGCUAAUCCACCUCUCCCUCUCCACCCUCCCCACACCCUACCAAACCCUCUGUCCCUUCGCCCUAACCUCUCAAUCCUGUCCCCUCACCACCUGCACCCUAAAUAAACCCUGCUACCCCUACAACGACGAAACCUUGCCCCUCGACGCAUGCAGCGGCGACUGCGGACGGAUCCACAUCUACAAAACGUGUUUGAUGGAGAUCGACGGGCGGCCGAAUGAGUGUGCGGCGUUUAAACAUUGCGCGGGAGGGAAACAUCGGAGUCAUUUAAGUAAAAGAGUUCAUUUUGGGACGUGUGAGGGGGAGGAGUGGAAGGCUAGGAGACUGUUGGCGGAUUUGAGGGAGGUGCAUAGGUUGGGACGGUGGGGUGGGGUUGCGGUGGGAGGGUGA